CGUCUCGGGUUCCUCCAGGCGCGGCGCGUCUGCCUGGGCUGCGGCUGAAAUACGGUGCGGGAAGCAGACGACAGACGAGCCUCAGGGAAGCGGCUUCUCGCCGGGGAGGGCAGGCGGAGGUUGUUUUUUUUUUUGAGGGGGAGCGCUUCGGUUUCAAACCGGAUUGUUGGAGAGAAACCCGAAAGAAGAGGCGAACCAUGGAGCGCCUGGGGGGCUUCCCACGACGCUGCCCCCUUUCUCAGGGCUAGUUCUGCACGAGAGAGGGGCGGAGGGGGUGGGUGGGUGUCACUUUAAAACUGCAGCCCCCGAGAGCCCCUCGGCGCGUGGAAAGUCACAAGAAGGGCUCGCUGGCUUGAAGUUUGCAAGAAGAGCCGGGAAUUCUUCUUCUCCUGCUGCCGGGAGCGAUUUUGCUUGGGGAAAAGAAUUGUUUGCCUGCAAGUGAAGGAGUUUGCAAUUUGGGUUUCAUGGAGCUGCGAUUCCUGCUGCUGUUGGGACUUACAAUUACAUCAAGCACAGGCUUCCCGCUGCCCAUCUCUCACUCCCUGCUGCCCCUGGGUGGUGGCAUCAGUCGUGGACUGAGGCCUCCGAGGCUUCGGGAAAGAGAGAGUGAAGAGAACGAGACAGCAGCACGGGAGCUGUUGUUUUCCAGGAGUAGCAACACCACCGGUGCAGCAAAAGUGGCCGGCCCGGAAGAAGGGCACCACCGAACCAAGCGCUGUACGUGCUACACCUACAAGGAUAAGGAGUGCAUUUAUUACUGCCACCUGGACAUCAUUUGGAUCAACACGCCAGAGAGGACUGUUCCGUAUGGGCUGACUAACUACAGGGGUAAUUUCCGAGGCAAAAGAUCCGCGAGGCACCCUCAUACGAGCACACGUUCAUCAAGAUGGCCUCCAUCGCGCUGCUCAUGUGCAGACAGAUGCGACAAACAGUGCAUGCAUUUUUGCAGAAGGGCCCAGGGCAGCCAAUGUAAUAAGGAGCUACUGAACAGCACGGCAAAAACAGAACCCCAUCGAGAAAAAGACCACAUUCCUACUCAGUAGCCCUGGAGAAUUCAGCUGCUUCUAAGUGGAGAGGUACAGUCUAUGUUAUAAUUGUG